AGAAAAGAAAGAUGGCUACCCGCCAGUGAUUGUUUGUUUUGAUGUUGUGUGUAAAAUAAUACAUUUUUUUCUGUGUUCUAUGAAACCGUUCCGGCUAAUAUUAGUGUAAUAUUGUUGCGCAAGUUAACAAGUGUGUGGGGAGCAUAAAGUUCAGUCGAUACAGUCCAGUUGAAGGCAAUCUAAGCAGCGGUAAAGUUUUUCCGCUCACACCAAACAUAACCUCACUUUUCUCGGUUGGCUGCGGAGGGUGUGUGUGUGUGUGUGUGUGUGUGGUGUUUUGAUUGCGUUCGGUGUCCGUCUGUGGCGAUUUCCCGGUUUGUUUGUUUUGAUUUUGGUUAGAAACGGGUGGGGCACAUUACAAGUCCUAUGCACCUUUUGGGCAAACACACCAUGGAAGAUGCGGUUACAGUGAAGUGCCCGCCGGAAAUAUCGCACGAAGAACGGAAAGAGUCACCCCCGCGAGGACCUAAAACGGCAACACAGGAUGAGAAAGUGAAGAAAAGCGUUGUCAAUGGCAGCAGUAAGCAAAAGGAACUCGUUGGUGGCAAUGACUUGAAGCUGGUGAUGGAGCCGCAAAACCCUUCCCCCACCAAGUAUUUCGACACGAAUGGUGUACCGCUACGCAAGGCGGUAGAGGAGGGAAACCUCGAACAAACGACGGACCGGGAAGGGCACGAUAAGAAGCCGAGCAAAGUGACCAUCAAAUGCUGUAACUGUGAGAAAACGUUUACCUCCCGUGCGGCGUAUGAGCUGCACUAUCGCACCAACUAUCAACAGGAACCAGUUUACGAGUGUCCGGUGUGCGACAAGCGCAUCAAACAGUACCGGGCGUACCAGCUGCACAGCUACCGGCACAGCGCCAACCAGCGCUUUACCUGCCCCGAGUGCUCCAAAACGUUCCACCAAAAGUCUGAUCUCACGCGCCAUCAAAACAUCCACCAGCCCCCUGGCAGCAAUGGUUCCGGCACGUCCAAGGAGCGCAGUGCGGCGAAGAAUGGCGGCGAUGGAAACGAGCAGGUCAUACCCUGCCCCCGCUGUGAUGCCACCUUUGCUACGCAGGCCGAAUUCAAAGAACAUUCCCGAAAGCUUCAUCGCGCACCAAAGCAGCUGGUCGAGUGUCCGGACUGUGGGAAAUUGCUUUCCACCGGUAGCCUUUACUCGCACCGUAAAAUACACUCCGAAAGCCCAAAGUUCUCGUGCCCCGAGUGUGACCGCACGUUCGUGCAGAAGAUCAACCUCAUUCAUCACCACAAAACGCACCUCACCGAGCGGCCCUUCCAGUGCGGCCAGUGUGAUAAAGCGUUCUGCGAAAAGGCACACCUGCAGCGGCACCUCAACUACCACUCCCAGGAGCGGCCCUACCGCUGUGAGCUGUGCGGCAAAUGCUACAAAACGGAGCGCUGCCUCAAGGUACACUCCGCCGUCCACAACAACGAGCGACCGUUCGUGUGCACCGAGUGCAACAAAGGCUUUCUCAGCAGCUCCAAGCUGCGGCAGCACAGCAACAUCCACUCGGGGCUGCGGCCGUUCAAGUGCAAAUAUUGUACGCGCGAUUUCACCAACUUCCCGAACUGGCUGAAGCACAUCCGUCGCCGGCACAAGGUGGAUCACCGGACCGGCGAAAAGCUGGACAGUGUGCCGAAGUUUAUGACGAAGAAAAAGCUACCCGUCGAUCGGGGGGUGCGCAAGAAGGAGCAACCGCCGGUCCCGCCCGAAGCGAGCGUAACCGCCGGUGGUGCGGGCGAAAAGGUGAAAAAGCGAGCAGCGGUUAAGCAACGGCCCAUCAUACCGCUGCCCGAUGUGCUGAAGGACGAAUCGUUGCCGUACUUUAGCGAAAGUUCCAACAUUGAUCUCAAUCUAGUUUGUAAGGAAGAUCUGCUGCAGCCGCUGGCAGACGAGAUGGAGGACAUCUUUCAGUGCUUACCGUCCGACGAAUCGAAGCUUAGCAUUCCGGAGCCGUUGGAGCAGCUCGGCGGCACCAAUGCCGUCGACGUACCGGAGCGCACGCUCAACGGUGGUAGUCUGCUUCAGCCGGAAGUGGAUUGUGAUUUUAGUGUAAGAAGCCCGAUGGCGGACCAGUCCAGCGUUUGCAACGAUCUCAUCACGCAAGAACUCCCCAGCAAUGCAUUGUCGAGCUGCGAGGAAGAAACGUUCAGUGGUACGCUACUGUACGAUGCACAUCUACCCAUUCUGCCCGCUAUGGUAUCGUUCUGCAGCAACAACAGCGAGGAGCAACAGUUUCGGCUUAUCAAUCCACACUUCAUACACCUGACCAAUCCCGCACCGUUUCUCGCCGGAAGCUCCAAGUUGCCAUCGGACAGUGGUACCGUUCCGGUUUCGAUUGGCGAAUGACGGUAAA